CUUUUCCAAAUUUAAAUUGAAUUUGGUGCUUGAGUCUUGUUUUUGAAUUGAUGUAACCUUAGAAUUCUUGAGUAGAGUUCUACAACUCUUCUGAAAAAAAAAGGGCUUGGAAUUAUUCAUCUCCUUAUUUCAUUUGAGUUUUAUGUGUUUAGAUUUUUUUUUAUGUUAAUUAUUCUCUGACCUUGAAAGACUUGUAGCUGUCUAGUUAAAAGAUUUACCACCUGUUUGAUUGGAGGAAUCACCAUUAUGGAACGAGUUUAAAGUUGUCAAAUCCUUUACCUAAUCUUUGAUUGGUCCCUAUAGGUAUGGAUCUGUCAUUCUAGAUUAGAAGACCCAAAAUUGGACGAACUUCAUUCCUGACCAAUUGGCACUUUUGCUCCCAUUCCCGAAUUUAGCAUACAAAACCAAAAAAAAAAGAAAGAUAGAAAUUGAAAAGGAAACAAAGCUCCACGUCCAGAGCAGCAGACCAACCAACUUGACUGUUCAUCAUCUUCUUCACCUUCAUCUUUCUCUUCCUCCUUUGGCCCCUCUCCCUUCUCUUCUUUUUCCCUCCUCUCCUUCCACCAUGUACUCUUCACUCCCCUCUCUCUCCAUCACUGCUCUUGCUCUUCUCUCAAUCCAUUUUCGAAACAGAAGAAGGCAAAUCUGCUGCCAUGACGGAUUUCUUUUGACUAGUGAUUUGCAUUCAAAAUUGUAGUAGAUCCAAAACGCUUGUAGUCAACUAUGUCUAAUUCUUGCUGCCGUGAUUUCUUUGUUUAAUGGCUAAGAAUGAUUUGCACUCAGGGGGCUUCUUUUGUUAUGCUGAUUGACCAUGAAUUGAGGUGCAUACAUAACAUGAAGAGAAAUGUUUCGAUAAUAUUGAAUUAUUGAGGUUUUGAUGUUGAUUUGUUGCGAUUUGCUACUGGUUCUGGUUUGUUUAAUUUGUUAUAUCAUAUGAAAUCGAAUGAGAAAUUUGAAUUAUGAUCAUGGAAUUUCUUGAAAUUAGUCUAUCAUCACUAAUUGGUGAAGGACUUGGGGGUAGACUGAGGAAGAGAACUGGGAAUUCUCUUGAAACAGCAGAGACACAAAGGAUGCAGGAAAACAAAAAAAUUUAAAAAAAAAGUUGAUUCCUAUAGCAAUUCAAUCACUAUCAAACAUGUGUUUACACCAAAGGAAAUCCCUCAAAAAUCCAUUGUCAUUGAGGGGUUAUACUUAUUACCAUCCCUGUGCUUGAAUCAAACUGGUGGUUAAAUUACAUUUCAAAAAUCGAAAAUUAUUUUUUUAUAGAUGAUUUAGUAUCCAUAAAUUCAAUAUCAAGCGGAAACAUCAAUUUUUUUUUUUUAAAUUAAAAACCCGUUUCCUAGACUUUUUGAAGGCCGAGCCUCUCACGUUUACCAAGUCUCACAUUAGACCCUUUUCUUUACCUUCUUUUUCUUUUUCAUUACUUUUAUUUUGGAAAAAAAAAUCCGCAAAAUCAUUUUCGAACCAUUAUUUUAUUUUUAUACGUUCAAUUAAAAAUGGGACGCGACAUGAACCAAUUCUUUAUUCCAUACUUGUAUAUACUAUAUAUUAUUUUGAACCAAAAUAAAAAUUGCACGUGACUCAUUGUCAUUUACUAAAUGUACCAUGUUCAACAUGAUUGCAAGAUGAUCCUAUGACAUUAUUCUCAGCAUUAAAGCAGUUUGAAUUAGUUCGGAUCUAAUGGAAUCUUGUAGGUUUUUUAUUUCUUUUUUCGGAUCGACGGGUUUUUUUUCCCAGUUAAUCUGUCCAACACUAAUUUUGGGUGUGACAAAGACUUGAUGGAAUUGGAUGGAUGCAUCUCUUAUUCUAAAAACAAAACUAUAUACACAAUUAAACAGAAUAAUGGCCUCUAGUGCAUGAACCACUAAAACUCAAAAAGUAUAAAUAACACCUUGUUAUAUUUAUAUACAUUUGCAUCCAGAGAAGGAAAGAAAGGAAGAUGGGCGACCGGAAAGGAGGAUUUUGGUAUAAAGAGCUAUUUCCAUUCACAGCCAUGGUUGCAACACAAUGCAUCAAUGUCGGUGUGAGCAUCAUCUUCAAAGCAGCCACAUUGAAGGGUUUGGACUUUCACGUUUUCAUGCUAUAUUCCUAUUGCAUUUCAGCUCUUCUUUUCCUCCCUCUUUGCUGCUACUCCCACAGGAAAUCUCGGCUUCCUCCAUUAACUAUUGGUCUCCUUGGUAGAUUUCUCUUCCUCGGGUUUCUUGGCUUUUCCGGUCAAUAUCUUGGAUACAUCGGAAUCGAGUAUAGUAAUCCAACACUGGCUUCCGCCAUGACCAACCUUACCCCGGCUUCCACAUUUAUCUUGGCCGUCCUCUUCAGGAUGGAAAAGCUAGAAAUGAAGAGCUGGACCACCCAGGUUAAGAUAAUUGGGAGUGUAAUAACGAUUGCAGGAGCCCUGUUGGUGGUUCUGUACAAUGGCCCAGUGCUAAUAAGGAGCUCUACAUCUUCAGCUUCUGUUCUUGCACAACACCCAGCACUUGUUAGCAUCACUGGCGGAACCAAACACUCGGAUUGGGUCAAAGGUGGUGCCCUUCUCGCUGUUGAAUAUGUAAUUGUCGGCUUAUGGUGUAUUUCUCAGGCCAAGGUUAUUGCAGAUUACCCAGCAGAGCUAGCUGUGGUCUUCUUCUACAACUUAGCAUGUUUGAUCCUAGCAGCUCCUGCUUGUUUAAUCGGGGCAACAAAUUCAAGUGCUUGGAAUAUACUAAAACCUGAUGUCCGGCUGUACUCAGUAGUGUAUUCGGGAGUAAUGGGAUCAGGCUUUGGUAUUCUUAUUCAAACAUGGGGCGUACAUAUAAAAGGACCUGUAUAUAUAGCUUCAUUUAUGCCAUUAUCAAUUGCCAUUGCUGCAAUUAUGGGCUUCAUUUUUCUUGGGGAUGACCUCUACCUUGGAAGUGUGAUCGGAUCCUUGAUCAUAUCUUUAGGGUUUUAUGCUCUAAUAUGGGCAAAAGCAAAAGAAGACUGUGAAAAAGGUGAUGAGUUUGGGGCAUCUUCCAGCCAAAAUGCUCCAUUACUAGGCCAAUACGAUGAUUCAACAAAUGAAGGACGUGCAUCUGCCAUUGCUUGAAUAAUAGAAAACGAUUACUUUCUCAACCACUCAUAAUUUUUACCUUGUUCAGAAAUUUGUAUUGUGUCGAUAAUGUUUCAAAAAUUUAAAAAUAUGGGAGGCAAUUAAUAUUUUUUAAAUUUCAGUGGUGCUAUGAGUAAUCAUGUAAAGAUUCUCAAGGGAGGCUUUUGAAAUUAUCCCUUUUCAAUGCUAGGGGCAUGACCCACGCUAGGAACGGCACCUUGGCUCCCUUUAUGAUUUGCUCUUCAGUUUCUUUUACAAAAGUUAAUUUUCUAAUUCUUGAAAGCUGUGUACAAAAGUUUUUUUUUAGGGAUAAUUUCACAAACCUCCCCUGAGAUUUCUCACAAUUACAAAAAGCUCCACUCAAAUUUUAAAAAUUACAUAUAUCUCCCCUAUUUUUACUGUUUAGUAACAUUGUAGAUCUAAGAAUUUAGAUUUUCUUUC